AUCUUUAACUCGCCUAGCCGAGUAUAAAUACUAUAUUGGGGCUCUUGCCGGCUACAUUGAGUCACUUGCUUACUCCACAACAACACGUGAACACCUAACCUCAAAAUGGCUUACAAAUUCGUCGUUCUCGCCGCUGUAUUCGCUGUCGCUACCGCCCAGUACGGUAGCCCGUCUUACAGCUCAUCCUCCUACAGCACUGGCUCCUACGGCGCCCCCGCCGCCUACAGCGCUCCUUCCUACAGCGCUCCUUCCUACAGCGCCCCCGCCUACAAGCCGGCCUACAGUGCCCCAGCUUACAGCGCCCCCGCCCCCUCAUACAGCUCCUCAUACAGCGCCCCAGCUUACUCUGCCCCAUCUUACUCUGCCCCCUCAUACUCCGCCCCAUCCUACAGCGCCCCAUCUUACAGCGCCCCAGCUUACAAGCCAUCUUACUCUGCCCCCUCAUACUCCGCCCCAUCUUACAAGGGUGGUGAGGCUUACUCUUCCCAGAGCGUGCAGCUGUUGAACAAGCCUUCCGGAUACGCCGCCCCAUCUUACUCUGCCCCCUCAUACUCUGCCCCAUCUUACUCUGCCCCCUCAUACUCUGCCCCAUCCUACUCUGCCCCCUCUUACUCCUCCCCAUCUUACUCUGCCCCAUCCUACUCAUCCUCCUCCUACUCCGCCCCCGCAGCCCCCCACUACGGUAUUAUCCUCGCAGCAGCACUCAUCUCCAUGGCAACCGCACAACAAUACACCUACAGAGCCCCACAGCCCUCCCAAAAAACCUACUCACAGGGAUCCCCAGGUUACUCUCAAAAGGCGGUCACCUACACUCAGCCAGCCGCCUCCUACGCUCCUGCCCCCGCCUACGCUGCCGGACCCGCCGCCGCCUAUGCUGCCGCCCCCGCCUACCCAGCUCCAGCUCCCGCCUACCCCCAGGAAGCCCCCGCCUACAGCCCAGGCGCAGCCUCGUCCUCUCAGUUCAUUUCUUUCUUCGGCGGCCACGGACAGCUGUACAAUGAGCACCCCCAGGCAGCAGCCCCAGUUUCCGCCUACCAGCCUGAAUCCGCCCAGUCUGACGGACAAUACGCCUACAACCAAGAAUCCGCCUACGGUGGUCAGUCUGCGGACGAGUCUUACGGACAACAGGGCGCAGCUGUAUUCUCCGCCCCCACCUACCCCGCCGGAUCUUUCAAGCCCGCCGCAUCUAGCGCCGGAUCCGCCUACAAGUCUCAGUCUGGAGGCUCCUCCGCCUACUCAGCACCCACCUACAAGCGGGCAUCGCCGAAGACUCCCUCUUACAAAGGAUCCGGAGCCUCUUCCGCUGGGGAAUCUGGAUCUUCUUACGGUACCCAGACUGAGUCUUCUUACGGAGCUUCCGAGGAAUCUUACGGAGAGCAAUCCAGCGGUGCUUACAAAGGACAGUCUGGAGCUUCUGUUUACAGCAGUCAGGCAGGUAGUGCGGGUGCCGGAUACAGCCCACAGUCCGGCUACUCGUCAGCACAGCAGCCAAUCCUCGCUCUUUUCUUCGCCCUCAUCGCCGUCGCCUUCGCCGCCCCGCAAUACGGCCACGAAUCAUCCGGAUACAAAUCCUCCGGACACGGCUACGAGAGCAAGUCCUACGAACCCGCUACCUCCUACCAGAACGUCAACCUCUACCCCCAACAUGGCUACGAACAUAAGGAAUCCAGCCACAAAGCAUUACUCACGUACAGAAAAAAAAUCACCGAAGUUAUCAAAAAACGUCGCUCAUUCCCUGUGCAACCAACAACAACACCCAAACUCAAAAUGGCCUUCUUCAAAUGGUUCAUCUUCGCCGCCGUCGUCGUUGUUGCCGCCGCUGAAUACGGAUCUUCCGGAUACGGACACGGAUCUUCCGGAUACGGACAAGGAUCUUCCGGAUCCUCAUACGGACAAGGUUCUUCCGGAUCUUCUGGACACGGUGCCUCCUCAUACGGAGGUUCUUCCGGAUACGGACAUGGAUCAUCCGGAUACGGAUCUUCUGGAUACGGACACGGAGCCGCCACCUCCUACCAGAACGUGAACCUUUACCCAACACAGCAACAAUACUCCGCUCCCAGCUACGGUCAUGGAUCCAGCUACGGUCAUGGAUCCAGCUACUCAGCUCCCAGCUACUCUGCUCCCAGCUACUCUGCUCCCAGCUACUCUGCUCCCAGCUACUCUCAUGGCUCCUCAUCCGGACCCAGCUACUCUCAUGGCUCCAGCUACUAAGAGUGCACUUCAUCACUACCCAUCCAUCCCCAUCCCUCUUAAUUUAUUUCACCCCCAUCCACUUCAAACAUUUUAAUUUAUUGAACCAUUCAAAACUCAAAAAUAAAAAUCCGAAAGCUCA